AUUGGGAAUCCAAAUCCCAUAUAUAUUAAAAAAUCUUCCUUCCUUCCUACUCUUUCGCAAUUUGGUAACGGGGAACGGUGCCAUUGCCUUCUUCUUGAGUUCUGCCAGCAGCCGCGGCUCCCUUUCCUUCCUUCACCGACUGAACCGCUGUUUGUGUUACGAAGGGUUUUAGUUUUGCUGAAAAGCCUCCACUGAUUUCGCUUUUCAACAGAGGUUAGAAAGAAGAGGUCCCUGAAGCUCUAAUUGCGAUUCGGGGGACCAACACUUGAAAAGAUGAGAAAAAGCCCUUCUGGUUCCGAAUCACACCCAAAGAAGCAGGGUCUGCUGAAGGACCAGGUUAGGUUGGCAAAGAGGAAAGAUUCUGAGCGUUAUGAGAUUGUUCCAAUCCAAGACUCCUUGUCGUUUGAGAAAGGCUUCUUUGUAGUCAUACGUGCAUGCCAAUUACUAGCCCAAAAGAAUGACGGGAUAAUAUUGGUCGGUUUAGCCGGUCCUUCUGGGGCUGGUAAGACCAUGUUCACUGAAAAGAUUAUCAACUUCAUGCCCAGUGUUGCUGUCAUAUCUAUGGACAACUACAAUGACGCUAGCCGAAUUGUUGAUGGGAAUUUUGAUGAUCCAAGAUUGACUGACUAUGACACAUUGCUACAAAAUGUACAAGAUUUAAAAGCAGGAAGAUCUGUUGAGGUCCCUAUCUACGAUUUCAAGUCUAGCUCUCGCACCGGAUACAGAACCGUGGAAGUUCCUGAUUCUCGCAUUGUGAUUAUUGAAGGGAUAUAUGCACUGAGUGAAAGGUUACGACCAUUGCUGGAUUUGCGAAUAUCAGUAAGAGGGGGAGUUCACUUUGACCUUGUGAAGCGGGUUUUACGAGAUAUCCAACGUGCUGGGCAGGAACCAGAAGAAAUAAUCCACCAGAUAUCGGAGACAGUAUACCCAAUGUAUAAAGCCUUCAUAGAGCCAGAUCUUCAAACUGCUCAUAUAAAAAUAAUUAACAAGUUCAACCCAUUCACUGGAUUCCAGAAUCCUACUUACAUCUUGAAGUCAGCAAGGAAUGUGGCCAUAGAUCUGAUCAAGUCUGUCUUCCCUGAAGUACACACAGAGACAACAGAGCAAACAUAUGAUAUAUAUCUUCUACCACCUGGUGAAGAUCAAGAGUCUUGCCAAUCAUAUCUCAGGAUGCGCAACAAAGAAGGAAAAUACAAUCUUAUGUUUGAGGAAUGGGUGACUGAUGCUCCAUUUGUUAUAUCUCCGAGGAUAACAUUUGAAGUUAGUGUGCGUCUGCUUGGUGGGUUGAUGGCACUGGGGUAUACAAUUGCGACCAUCCUUAAAAGGAGUAGUCAUACAUUCUUUGAUGAUAGAGUAUGUGUUAAAGUUGAUUGGCUAGAACAGCUGAAUCGUCAGUAUAUCCAGGUGCAAGGAAGAGAUCGGCUUGUUGUGAGAUGCAUUGCUGAGCAGCUAGGUUUGGAAGGUUCCUACAUCCCGCGUACUUAUAUAGAACAAAUCCAACUGGAGAAGCUUGUAGAUGAAGUGAUGGCUUUGCCUGAUGAUUUGAAGACAAAGCUAAGCCUAGAUGAGGACUUAGUUUCUAGCCCCAAGGAAGCACUUCUUCGAGCCUCUGCUGACAGGGUCGCUAUGAGAAACAACAGUGGUAUGUCACACUCAUAUACAACUCAAGGAGACAAAAGCUACUCCAAGCUCACUGCAAUUCCAGCCAGCAACCGAAGGUACGAAGACAGAAAUUCAGAGCCUCAAUCAAUGCUGGCAAAUCAGGGAGUGAUUACGCAGCUUUCAGAACAGAUGUCUUCGCUAAAUGACAGAAUGGAUGAUUUUACAUCCCAACUAGAAGAAUUAAACUCCAAGCUAACGGUGGUGAAUAAUAAUAGUUCUCCAAGCCCGCAGCAGAACAUGGGGUUGCAUGGCGGUGAUGCGAGCAAUGGCUCCGCUCCUACUUCUUACUUUGUGUCUGGAUUGAGUAAUGGUGCCCUAGCUGGAUCCAAACUGUCCCAUUCAUCGUCACUUUCCCAGCUGGCUAAGGAUUCACCACUUCUGGAAGAGGUAACCAUAAUUGUGCGAGGACAACGCCAAGUCAUGCACAAGUUAGAUAGUUUCAGCAGUCUCCUUCAUGAGGUGACAGCAGAGAGGUCAAGGCAAUCCAGGAAAAGAAACAGUCUCACAACACCUGACUUUGAUGCCAUAGGAGUUCCUGUGGUUUUAACCCUAGCAAUUGGAGGUUUAGGGCUGUUACUGUUUAGGAGCUUUCGUACCCUGGGUUAGCAGAGAUUAACUGAACGGCAAUUCUCUUUUUCUUUUCCUAAUUUUGAUUCCCAUAUGACCUCGACCUUUUUUUGUCCUGGGUAACUUGUCCCUCAUUGAAUGCAAUGCAAUGCGAAACAGAAAUCUGCUUCUUCUAGGAAAGUUGUACCAAUUUUUUGGGCUUUUGAUGAGUAGAGUUUAUGGAAUGCGGACAAAUUGUAAGGGAAGAGCGGUCAAUUUUUGUAGCUGGGGGACAUGAGAAGCAAUGAAAAAAUCUUACGAGAAAGUAGAGCUCGUUAGAAGCACGGCUGGAGUUCUGGGCUCUGGAAAUUGAUGGCUAUGUUCUUCCUCUACUUAACCUUCUCUUUUAUAGAAUGCUCUUGCUCUACUCUACCUCCGUUGUACUGUGCCUUCUUUGUUUACCGACGUUAACUUCUCAGCAAGACAAGCAGUGAAAUGUGAUGCCGACUCAAGGUCUGAAUCAUGUCAUGAUGUUUUGACUGCGGUUCACGUUCGAAAAGAACUGUCAGGAUGGAGUCUCACAGUACCCUUCUU